AUGACAGACACGCUGGCUCAGGCGCGCCGCUCCUUGCGCCACCGGCCCAGCCUCAGCACGGUGCCAGAGGGCGCCGAAGUGUCUCCCGGCGCCGGCCGCUCGCCCGCCCGGCCGCCGCACAAGCGGCUGUUCGAGGCAGACAGCACCGGCGCCAAGAGACGCCGCCUUGCACUCAGCAGCGACGACGAGUUGGAGGGGGAGGAAGCGUCGCAGGGUCGGGAGAGCUCCCCCGAGCCGACCCCGCGCCGGGGCAGGGGCCGGGGCCGCGCCACCGGCAGAAUGUCCAGGGAGAAGAUGUCACAGGGUGGGGAGAGCUCGCCCGAGCCGACCCCGCGCAAGGCCCGGGGUUGGGCGGCGGGACACGGCCGCGGCACCUCGCCGGCCACGCCGUCCAGGAAGCCGGGCUACGCAGCACGCUCGGCCACGGCCUCGCCCCGCACACCGAAGGCCGCUGGCACGCCGCUGGUGCCGAGCCGCGCCGCCGGCCGCCUCAGCACGCCCGGCACGCCGCUGCAACAGGCGCGCAGUCGGCUGCACGUGGCCGCCGUGCCGGACGCGCUACCCUGCCGCGAGAACGAGUUCUUCGACAUCUACACGUUCGUGGAGGCGCGUCUGCUCGACAGAACUGGCGGGUGUAUGUACGUGAGCGGCGUGCCCGGCACGGGGAAGACUGCCACCAUGCGAGAGGUGGUGAGGAGCCUGCGCGAGGCCAGCGACGCCGGCCACCUGCCUGACUUCCAGUUUAUCGAGGUGAACGGGAUGCGGCUGACGGGCCCCGAGCGUGUCUACAGCCAGAUCAUCGCCGAGCUGACCGGGACGAAGGCCGUGCCCGAGCACGCCGCUCAGAUGCUGGACAAGCGGUUCUCGGCACCGGCCGGCCGCCGCCGACCCAUCCUGCUCAUGGUGGACGAGCUGGACCUGCUGUGGACCCGCAAGCAGAACGUGCUGUACAACCUGUUCGACUGGCCGAGCCGGCGUCACGCGCAGCUGACUGUGGUCGCCAUCGCCAACACCAUGGACCUGCCCGAGCGCGUCAUGAUGAACCGGGUGUCCAGCAGGCUGGGCCUGACCAGGAUGACCUUCCAGCCGUACACGUUCCAGCAGCUGCAGGAGAUCGUCACCAGUCGGCUCAGUGGGCUGGACGCCUUUGACCCGGACGCCGUCCAGCUGGUGGGCAGGAAGGUGGCGGCGGUGUCCGGGGACGCUCGCCGGGCGCUGGACAUCUGUCGGCGGGCCACGGAACUAGCGGAGACAGGGCCCGCCGAGGGGCGGCGCCUCACGUCGCCAAAGAAAUCUGCCGCUUUGGUCACCAUGGAACACGUCAAUGGGGCGAUCCAAGAGAUGUUCUCCUCGCCCAAGAUCAUGGCAAUUCGCUCGUGUCCGCUGCUGGCCCGUUCGCUGCUCCAGGCUGUGGUGGCCGAGUUUCAGCGCACCGGCCUGGAGGAGGCACGACUCGGACGCGUCUACGAGCAGCUGGCCGCCGUCUGCCGCUUUGAAGGCAUCACCCCGCCGACACUGUCGGAGACGUUCGGCCUGAUGUCGGGCCUGUGCGCCUGCCGGCUGCUGCACGCCCAGCACGCGCGGCACGAUCUCGAGACCAGGAUCAGGCUCAACAUCAGCGUCGAUGACGUAUCCUACGCGGUCCAGAACGUGCCGGAGAUGUAGCCGUCUUGUGACCGCGGGGCCGUGUUGUCUCGCGUCCACGUCUGCAGAGCCGGAGGUGGGGGAGCGGGAUGGUAAGAUAGGGUAAAGGACCGCCCCACUGUCCUUUCUGGGGCAGAACGUGGUGUCUGACUGCAUGGUAAGUGAGAUGAGCCCGCGCGAAUGGUGUGGACUGCGGACCAGCGUCUGCGGCUAACCAAUACGGGCUCUCAGGCUCGGGUCACCCGCGGUGUUUCGGCGCAGAGUCAGGUAGUCUGGAAUACACCAGCGUGCCUGGAGCGGUCGCGCGGAACGCAGCAGCGCGCGGUGGCCCGUGCCAGAGACCGGUUAGUGUGUGGUUGGCCCGUGUGAUUUGUCGCGAUCUGCAUCGACCAGCAAGUCGUGUGUUAAUAUAUGCACAUCUUCGUAAGAAACCGCGUGUACUGGACUA